AUGGGGGGGUUAGGGGGGUGUGGGGGGGGGUGUGGGGGGUGUGUGGGGGGUGGUGGGGGUUGGUGUGGGUGGUUGGGGGUGUUGGUGGGGUGGGGUGGUGUGUUUGUUGUAUUAUUUUUAGGGGUGAUGUGUGGUGUUGUUGGUGGGGUGGUUUUUUGUGGGUUUUGUGGUGGUGUUGGUGUGUGGGGGUUGGUGUUGGUGGUUUGUUGUUGGUGGUGGUUUUGGGGUUUGGGUGGUGGUGUGGUGGUGUUUUGUGGGUGUGGUGUUGUUUUUUGGUUGUUGUGGGGGGGUUUUGGGUUGGGGGGGGGUGGGGUGGGGGGGGGGUGGUUUGGGUGGGGGGUGGGUGUGUUUGGGUGUGGGUGUGUGGGGUUGGGUUUGUUGGUGGGUGGGGGUUGGGUGUGGUGGUGUUUGUGGUGUUUGGUGGGGGGGUGUUGGUGGGUUUUGGGGUGGGUUGGGUGGUGGGUGGUUGGGGGUUUGUGGUUUGGGGUGUGGUUGGUGUGUGUUGGGGGGGGGGGUGGGGGGGGGGGGUGGGUGGUGUUGUUGUUGUGUGUGUGUUGGGGGGUUGUGGUGUGUGUGGUGUGGGGUGGGGGGGGGGUGUUGGGGGGGGGGGUGUGGUGGGGUGGGGGGUUGGGUUUUGUGUGGGGGGGGUGUUGGGGGGUUUUUUGGUGUUUGUGGGGGUUGGGGUUUUGGUUGUGUGGGUUUGGUUGGUGGGGGGGGGUGGUGGUGGGGUGGUGGGGUGGGGGUUGGUGGGGUGGUGGUGGGUGUGGGGGGGGUUGGGGGGGGUGUGUGGUGGGGGGGGGGGGUGGUUGGGGGUGUGUGGGGGGGGGGGGGGUGGGGGGGGGGUGGGGGGGGGGGGUGGGGGGGGGUGUUUGUGGUGUUGUGUGGGAGGUGGGUGGGGUGGGGGGUGGGUGUGUGGGUUGGGGGGUUGGGGUGUUUUUGGUUGGUGUGGGGGGGGGGGUGGGGGGGGUGGUGUUUGGGGUGGUGGGGUGUGGUGUGUUUUGGUGUGGUGGGUGGGGGUGUGUGUGGGGGGUGGGGGGGUGGUGGUUGGUGGUUGUGGGGGUGGGGUGGGGUGUUUGUAGGGGGUGUGGUGUGGGGUGGGGUGGGGUUGUUGGGGUGUGUGGGGGUGUUUGGGGGUGGGGGGGGGUGGUGGUGGGGGGUGGGUGGGGGGGGGGGGGGGGGGUGGGGGUGGUUUGGGGUUUGGGGGGUUGGGUGUGGUGGUGUUGGGGUGGGGGUUGGGGUUUGGUUGUUUGGGGGUUGGGGUGGGUGGGGGGGGGGGUUGUGGGUGGGGUGGGUGGGGGGGGGGGGGGUGGGGGGGGGGUGGUGGGGGGGGUGGGGUGGGGUGGGGGGGGGUGGGGGGGGGGUUGUGGUUGGGGGUGUUGGGGGUGUGGGGUUUGUGGGGGGUGGGGUGUGGUGGGGUGGGGUGUGUGGGGUGUGGGUGUUGGGGGUGGUGUGUGGGGUUGGGGUUGUGGGGGUGGGGUGUGGGUGGGGGUGGGUGUGUGGGGUGGGUGUGUGGUGGUGGGGGUGUGGGGGUGGGGUGUUGGGGGUGGGGGUGUGGUGGGGGGUGGGGUGUGUGGGGUGGGGUGUGUGGGGUGGGGUGUGUGGGGUUGGGGUUGUGGGGGUGGGGUUGUGGGGGUGGGUGUGUGUGGGUGGGUUGUGUGGGUUGGGUGUGUGGGGGGGGUGUGUGGGGUGGGGGGUGUGGUGGGUUGGGGUGUUGGGGUUUGGGGUGUGGGUGGGGGUGGGGGUGUGUGGGGUGGGGGUGUGUGGGGGUGGGGUGUGUGGUGGGGUGUGUGGGGUGGGGUGUGUGGGGGUGGGUGGUGGGGUGGGAGUGUGGGGUGGUGUGUGGGGUGGGGUGUGUGGGUGGGUGUGUGGGUGGGUGUGUGGGGUGGGGUGUGUGGGGUGGUGGGGUUGUGGGGGUGGGUGUGUGGGGGGGGUGUGUGGGGGGGGUGUGUGGGGGUGGGUGUUGUGGGUGGGUGUGUGGGGUGGGGUUGUGGGGUGGGGUGUUGGGGUGGGGUGUGUGGGUGGGUGUGUGGGGUGGGUUGUUUGGGGUGGGGGUGGGGUGGGUGUGUGGGGGUGGGGUGUGGGGUGGGGGGGGUGGGGUGUGUGGGUGGGUUGUGGGGGUGGGUUGUGGGGUGGGGUGUGUGGGGGUGGGGUGUGUGGGGUGGGUGUGUGGGGUGGGGUGUGUGGGGUGGGGUGUUGGGGGGUGGGGUGUGUGGGGUGGGGGGUGUGGUUGGGGUGGGGUGUUGGGGGUUGGGGUUGUUGGGUGGGGUUGUGGGGUGGGGUGUGUGGUGGGGUGUGUGGGUGGGGUGUUUUGGGGGUGGGGUUGUGGUGGGUUGUGUGGGGGUGGGGGUGUGUUGGGGUGGGUUGGUGGGGUGGGGUGUUUUGGUGGUGGGGUGUUGGGGGUGGGUGUGUGGGGUGGGUGUGUGGGGGUGGGGUGUGUGGGGUGGGGUGUGUGGGUGGGGUGUUGGGUGGGGUGUGUGGGGGUGGUGGGUGUGUGGGGGGGGGGGGGGGGGGGGGGGGGGGGGGGGGGGGGGGGGGGGGGGGGGGGGGGGGGGGGGGGGGGGGGGGGGGGGGGGGGGGGGGGGGGGGGGGGGGGGGGGGGGGGGGGGGGGGGGGGGGGGGGGGGGGGGGGGGGGGGGGGGGGGGGGGGGGGGGGGGGGGGGGGGGGGGGGGGGGGGGGGGGGGGGGGGGGGGGGGGGGGGGGGGGGGGGGGGGGUGGGGUGUGUGGGUGGGGUGUGUGGGGGGUGGGUUGUGGGUGGGGUGUGUGGGGGUGGGUGUGGGUGGGGUGGGGUGUGUGGGUGGGGUUGUGGGGGGGGUGGGGUGUGUGGGGGUGGGUGUGGGGGUGGGGUUGUGGGGUGGGUUGUGGGGUGGUGUGUGGGGGUGGGGUGUGUGGGGGUGGGGUGUGGUGGGGGUGGGUGUUGUGGGGUUGGGUGUGUGAGGGGUGGGGUGUGUGGGGUGGGUGUGUGGGUGGGGUUGUGGGGUGGGUGUGUGGGUGGGGUGUGUGGGGGUGGGGUGGGUGGGUGGGUGUGGUGGGGGGGGUUGUGGGGGUGGGGUGUGUGGGUGGGGGUGUGUGGUGUGUGUGUGGGGGGGGGUUUUUUGUGGUGUGGUGUGUGUGGGUGUGUUGGGGGGUUGGUGUGGGGGGGGUUGUGGGGGUGGGGGGGGGGGGGGGGGGGUGUUGGGGGGGGGGGGGUGGGGGGGGGGUGGUGGGGGGGGGGGUGGGUGGUGGGGGGGGGUUUGGGUUGGGGUGUGGUUGGUGUGGGGUGUUGGUGUUGGUGGGUUGUGGGUGGGGGUUGUGGUGGUGGGGUGGGGUGGGGGGGGUGUGUGGUUGUUGUUGGGUUUGGGGGGUUUGGUUUGUGUGGUGGGGGGUGGGGGUGUGGGUGGGUGGGGUUGGGUGUGUGUUGUGGGGGGGGGUGGGGUUGGGGUGGGGGUGGGGGUGGGGGGGGGUGGGGGUGUGUGUGGGGUGGGUGUGUGGUGGGGGGGGGGGGGUGGGGGGGUUGGGGUGGUUGGGUGGGGGUGGGUGUGUGGGGGGGGGGGGUUUGGGGGGGUUUGUGGUGGUGUGGGGGGUGGGGGGGGUGGGGUGGGGGUGGGGGUGGGUGUUGGGGGGGUUGGUUGUGGGGGGUGUUUGGGUUUUUGUGUGUUUGGUUGGUGUGGGGGGGUGGGUGGGUGGUGGGUUGUGGGUGGUGUGGGGUGGGUUUGGGUGGUGGGGGGUGGGGGGUUGGGGUGGGUGUGGGGGGGUGUGGGGGGGGGGGUGUUGGUGUUGUGUGGGUGGGUGGUGGGUGGGGGGGGGUUGUGGGUGGUGGUGGGUGUUUGGUGUUGUUUGUGUGGUUUUGUGGGGGUUGGUUGGGGGGGGGGUGGGGGGGUGGGGUGGGGGGUUGGGGUGGUGGGGGGGGGGGGUUUGGGGGGGGGUUGUUGUGGUGUUGGUGGUGGGGGGGGGGGGGGGGGUGGGGGGUGGGGGGGUGGGGGGGGGUGGGGGGGUGGGGUGGGGGGGGGGGGGGGGGUGGGUGGGGGUGUUGUGGUUUUGUGUGGGUGGGGUGUUGGGUGGGUGUGUGGGGGGGGGGGGGGGGUGUUUGUGGGGGGGGGGGGGUGUGUUGGUGGGGUGUGGGGGUGGUGGUGUGGUGUGGUUGGUGGGGGGUGGGGGGGGGGGGUGGUGGGGUGUUGGUGGUGGGGGUGGGGGGGGGGGGGGGGGGGGGGUGUGGGGGGGGGGGGGUGGGGGGUGGGGGGUUUGGGGUGGGUUGUGUGUGGUGGGUUGUGGGGGGGGGUGGGGGGGUGGGGGGGGGGGGGGGGUUUGGGGGUGGGGUGGGGGUGGGGGGGUGUUUUGUGGGUGGGGGGGGGGGUGGGGGUGGGUGGGGGGGUGGGUUUGUGGGUGGUUGGGUGGGGGGGGGGGGGUUGGGGGUUGGGUGUGGGGGUGUGGUUGUUUGGGGUGUGGGGGGGGGGGGGGUGGGGGGGGGUUGGUGUGGUUGUUGUGGUGUGGUUGGGUUGGGUAUAUUUGUUGGGGUGGGGGGGGGGGUUGGGGGGGUGGUGGGGUGGGGGUGGGGGUGGGGGGGGGGGUGGGGUGGGUGGGGUUUGGGGUUUUGUUGUGGGGGGGGGGUGGGGGGGGGGGGGGGGGGUGGUUGUGGGGGGUGUGUGUGUGGGGGGGGGUGGUGGGUGUGGUGGGUGUGGUGGUUGUGUGGGUGGGUUUGUGGGUGUGUGUUUUGGUUUGGUUGUUUGGUUGGGUUGUUGUGGUUUUGGGGGGGGUGGUGGGGGGGUGGAGGUUGUGGGGGGUGGUGGUUGGGGGGUGUGGGUGGGGGUGGGGUGGGGGGUUGGUGGGGUGGGGUUUGUGUUUUGGGGGUGGGGUGUGGUGGGGGGUGUGGGUGGGGGGUGUGGUUUUGUUGUGUUGUGGGGUGGUGGGUGUUGAGGUUGUGGUGUUGGUGUUGGUUUUGGGUGUGGUGUUGGGGUUGUGGGUGUGGUGUUGGUUGUGGGUGUGGUGUUGGGUUGAGGUGUGUUGUUGGGUUGUGGGUUGUUUUGGGUUGUGGGUGUGGUGUGGGUUGUGGGGUGUGGUGUUGGUUGGUUUGUUGUUGGGUGUGGGUGUGGUGGUUGGGUUGUGGUGUGGUGGUGGGUUGUGGUUGUGGGUUUUGGGUGUGGGUGUUGUGUUGGGUUGUGGGUUUUGUGGUUUUGGGGUUGUGGGUGUUGGUUUUGGGUUGUGGGUGUGUGUUGGUUGUGUUGUGUUUUUGGGGUUUGGUUGGUUGUUGGUUUGGUUGUGGUGUGUUGGUGUUUUUUGUGGUUUGUUGGGUUGUGGGUGUGUGUUGGGGUUGUGGGUUUGGUGUUGGUUGUGGGUGUGGUUGUUGUGUUGUGGGUGUGGUGGGUUGGUUGUGGGGUUGUGGUUGUUGGGUUGUGUGUGUUUGGGGUUUUGUGGGUGUGUGUUGGUUUUGGUUGUGUUGUUGGGUUGUGGUUGUGGUGUUGGUUGUGGGUUGUGGUGUGGUGGUUGGUUGUGGUUGUGGUGUUUGUGUUUUGUGGUUGUGGUGUUGGUUUGGGUGUGGUUUGGGUUGUGGUUGUGUGUUGUUUGUGGGCGUUGUGUUUUGGGUUGUGGGUGUGGUGGUUGGGUUGUGGGUUGGUGUUGGGUUGUGGUGUGGUGUUUGGUUGUGGUUGUUGGUGUUGUGUGUGUGGGUGUGUGUUGGGGGUUGUGGUUGUGGUGUUGGGUUGUGUGUGUGUUGUUGGGGUAGUGGGGUGUGUUGGGGUUGUGGGUUGGUGUUGGUUGUGGUUGUGUGUUGGGUUGUUGGGUUGGUGUUGGGGUUGUGGUUGUGGUUUUGGUUGUGGUGUGGGUUGUUUGUGUGGGGUUGGUGGUUGUGUUUGGUUGUGGUUUGGUGUGGUGUGGGUGGUUUGUGGUGUUGUGUUGGUUGUGGGUGUGGUGUUGGGUUUGGUAGUGGUGUUGUUGUGUGUUGUGGUGUUGGGUUGUGUUGUGGUGUUGGGUUUUUGGUUGUGGUUUUGGUUGUGGUUGUGUGUUGGGUUGUGGGUGUGGUGUGGUUGUGGGUGUGGUUUUGGGUUGUGGGUGUGUGUUUGGGUGUGGGUUGGUUUUGGUUGUUGGGUGUGGUUUUGUGGGGUUGUGUGUGUGGUGUUGGGGUUUUUGUGGGUGUGGGUGUUGUUGGGUUUUGGGUGUGGUUUUGGGGUUGUGGUUGGUGUUGGGUUGUGGGUGUGGUUUGUGGGGGUAGUGGUGUGGUGUGGGUGGUGGGUGUGGUGUGGUUGUGUUUGUGGAGUUGGGAUUGGUGUGUGUUGGGGUGGUGUUUGUGUUUUUGGGGGUUGUGGAGUGUUGUGGGUUGUGGGUGUGGUUGGGGUUUGUUUUGUUUUUGGGGGUUGUGGGUGUGGUGGUGGGGUUGUGGUGUGUUGUUGGGUUUGUGUUUGAGUUUUUGGGUUGUGGGUGUGGUGUGUUGGUUUUGGUGUGGUUUGGGUUUGGUGUGUUGGUUGUGUUGUGUGGUGUGUUUAUGGGUGUGUGUGUGGUUUUGGGUUGUGUGUGUGGUAUGGGUUGGUGUUGUGUUGUUGGGGGUUUGGGUGUGGUGUUGGGAUAGUGGGAUGAGUGGAGAGUGUUGGGUGGGUUGUGUGUUGUUGUUGGGUUGUGUGGUGUUGUUGUGGGGUGUUUUGGUGGUUGGUUUUGGUGGUGUGUUGGUUUUUUUUUUAUGUUUUGUUGUGGUGUUUAUGUGGGGUUUUGUGGUUAUUAAAGUGGAGGGGGUGGGUUGGUUAUGGGGUAUGUUGGGGGGGGUGUGUGGGGUUGUGGGGAGGGGGGGGGUGUGUGUGGUUUUGGUGGUGUUUUGGGGUUGUGGGGGGGUGGGGGGGGUUGUGGGUUGUAGGGAGGGGUGGGUGGGGGGUGGGUGGGGUGGGGGGGGGGGUGUGUUGUUAGUUGGUGUGUUGUUGUGGGGUGUUUGUGUUUUUGUGGUUGGUUGGUGGGGGGGGGGGGGGUUGGGUGGUGUGUGUUGUGGGUGGGUUUGUGGGGGUGUGAGUGGGGGGUGGGGGGGGUGGGGGUGGGGGGGGUGUUGUGGGGGGGGUGGGUGGUAUUGUUGUUGGUUGGUGUUGGGUGGGGGUGGUGUUGGGUUGGGGGUGUGUUGGUGGGGGUUUGGGGUGGUUGGGUGGGGGGAUUGUGGUUGGGUUGGGGUGUGGGGGAUGGUUUGGUGGGUUGGGGGUGUGGGGUGUGGGGGGUGGGGGGGGGUGUGGGGGUGGGGUGUGGGGUGGGGUGGGUUGGUUGUGUUGGUGUUUAGGGUUUUUUUGUGGGUUGUUUGUUGGUUGUGGGGGUUGUUGUGGUGGGUUUGGGGGGGGGUGGGUGUAAAUGGGGAUGGGUUAUGGGGUAUGGAUGGGGAGGAUGGGGUUGGGGUUUUUGGUGGUGGGAGGUGUUUUGUUGGGGGGGGGUAUGGUAUGUGUUUGGUGGGUUGGGGGGGGUGGUUUAGUUUGUGGGUGUGUGGUUGUGGGGGGGGUGGGGUGUUGGGUGUAGGGGGUGUGUGGGGGGGAUUGUUUGGGGUAGUGUGUUGUUGGUGGGUGGUGGUGGGGGGUAAUGAAGUUGGGGUGUUGGGUAUGUUGAAGAUUGAGAGGGUUGGGGGUUGUUGUGGGUGUGGGUUGGUUGGUUGGGUUUUUUGGGUGUUUGUGUGUGGUUGUGUUUGGGGGGUUGGGGUGGGGGGGGGUGGGGGGUGUGGGGGGGUGGUGGGGGUUUGGUGUUUUGGGUUGGUGUUUUGGUGGUUGGGUUUGGGUGUUGUGGGUUUGGGUUUUUUUUGUGGUGUGGUUGAGGUUUUGGUUGGUUUUUUGUGGUGUGUGGGGUGGUGGUUGGGGGAGGGGGGGGGUGGUGUUGUGGUUGGUUGGUUGGUGGUGGUUAUGGGGGUUUGGGUGGUGGGGUGGUGGUGUUGUUUGGGUGUGGGGGUUUUGUUUUGUUUGGGUUGUUUGGGGGGUUGGGGUUGGGGGGGGUGGGUUGGGGGGGGGGGUGUUUGUGUGGGGGUGUGGUGUUGGGGUGGGGGGUGUUGGUGUGGUUUGUUUGGUGGUGGGGGGUGGUUGUGGUGGUUUGUGUUUUGGUUGGGGUGUUGGGUGGGUGUUUUGGGUGUGUUGGUGGUGGGUGGUUGGGGUUUUUUGGUUUGGGGUGUGGGGUUGUGUGUGUGUGUGGGGGGGGGGGGUGUGGGGGGGGUUGGGUUUUGUGUUGUGUGUGUGUGGUUUGUGGGGGGUUGUGGGUUGUGUGGGGUUGGUGUGGGGGGGGGUGUUGGGGGGGGGGGGGUGUGUGGGGGUGGGGGGGUUGGGGUUUGGGUGGGUGGGGGGGGGGGGUGUUGGGGUUUUGGUGUUGUGUGGGGUGUGGGGUUUUGGGGUGUGUGGGUGUGGGUUGGUGGGGGGGGGGUGGUGGGUGGGGUUGGGUGGGUUGGGUUUUGGGUGUGGUGGUGGGUGUGGGGGGGUGAGGGGGUGUUUGUGGGGUGGGGGGGGGGGGGGGGUUUGUGGGUUUGUUGGGGGUGGUUGGGGGUGGGGGGGGUGUGGGGGGGGGGGGUUGGGGGUUGUUGUGUUGUUUUUGUUGUGUGUUGGGAGGGUGGGGGGGUGGGGGUGGGGUGUGUGGGUUGGGGGGUUGUUUUGUUUGGGUUGGGGGGUGGUUGGGGUGGGUGUUGGGGUGUGUGGGGUUGUGGUGUGUGUUUGGUUUUGGUUGGGUGGGGUUGUGUGGGUGGUGGGUGUGUGGGUGUGUUUUGUUGUGUGUGUUGGGUUGGGGUUGGUUUUGAUGGGGGGUUGGUUUGUGGUGGGGUGGUGUGGUUGGGGUUGUGUGUGUUGUUUUGGGUGGUGGAGGGGUUUGUGGUGUGGGGGGGGGGGUGUGGUGUGUGGGGGGGUGUGGGGUUGUUGGGGGUUUUUGUGGGGGGGUGGAGUGGGUUGUUUGUGGGUUGGGUUUUGGGGUGGGUGGUGGGUUGUUGUGGUGGUUUGUGGGGUUUUUUUGGGGUUUGUUUUGUGUGGGUGUGUGGUGUGUGUGUGUUUGGUUGUUUUGGGUGUUGGGGUGUGUGGGGGUGGUGGGUGUGUGGGGGUGGGUGUGUGGGGUGGGUGUGUGGGGGUGUUGGUGUUGGGUUGUGGGUGUGUGGGGGUGGUGGGUUGGUGGGGUGUGGGGUGUGUGGGGGGGUGGGGGUUGUGGGGGGUGGGGGGGGUGGGUUUGUGGUUGUUGUGGUUUGUGGGGGGUUGUUGUGUGAGGGUGUUGUUUUGUUUGGGUGUGUUGUGGUGGUGGGGUGUUUGGGUGGGGUUGUGGGGGGUGGGGUGUGGUGGUGGGGUGUGUGGGUGGGGGUGUGUGGGGGGUGGGUGUUUUGGUGGGGUGGGUGUGUGGGUGGGGUGUGUGUGUGGUGGGGUUUGUGGGUGGGGGUGUGGUGGGGGUGGGGUGUGGGGGGUGGGGUGUGUGGGGGUGUGGUGUUGUGGGUGGGGGUGUGUGGGGGUGGUGUUUGGGUUGGGGUGUGGUGGGGGUGGGUGUGUGGGGUGGGGUUUGGGGUGGGGUUGUGUGGGGGGUGGGGUGUGUGGGUUGGGUGUGUGGGGUGGGGUGUGUGUGUGGGGGUGUGGUGGUGGGGGUGUGUGGUGUGGGGUGUGUGGGGGUGGGUGUGUGGGGGUGGGGUGUGUGGGUGGGUGUGUGGGGGUGGGGUGUGUGGGGGGUGGGGGGGGUGGGUGUGUUGGGUGGGUUGUGGGGGUGGGUUGUGGGGGUGGGGUGUUUGGGGUGGGGUGUGUGGGGGUGGGGUUGGGGGUGGGUGUGUGGGGUGGGUGUGUGGGGGUGGGUGUGGGGGUGGGUGUGUGGGUGGGGUGUGUGGGUGGGGGUUGUGGGGUGGGGUUGUGGGGGUGGGUUGUGGGGUGGGUGUGUGGGGUGGGGUGUGUGGGGGUGGGGGUUGUGGGUGGGUGUGUGGGUGGGGUGUGUGGGUGGGUUGUGGGGUGGUGUGUGGGGGUUGGGGUGUGUGGGGUGGGUGGUGUGGGGUGGGGUGUGUGGGUGGGUUGGUGGUGGGUGUGUGGUGGGGUGUGUGGGUGGGGUGUUGGGGUGGGGUGUGUGGGUGGGGUGUGUUGGGGGUGGGUGUGUGGGGUGGGUUGUGGGGGUGGGUGUGUGGGUGGGGGUGUGUGGGGUUGGGGUGUGUGGGGUGGGGUUGUGGGGGUGGGGUGGUGGGGGUGGGGUGUGUGGGGGGUGGGUUGUUGGGGGUGGGGUGUGUGGGUGGGGUGUGUGGGGUGUGGUGUGUGGGGUGGGGGUGUGGGGGUGGGGUGUGGGUGGGUGGGUGUGUGGGUGGGUGUGUGGGGUGGGGUGUGUGGGUGGGGUUGUGGGUGGGGUGUGUGGGUGGGUGUGUUGGGGUGGGGGUGGGGGGUGGGGUGUUGGUGGGGUGGGGUGUGUGGGGUGGGGUGUGUGGGGUGGGUGUGUGGUUGUUGGUGGGGGGGUUUUUUGGUGUGGUGUGUGUGGGGUGUGUUGGGGGGUGGGUUGGGGUGGGGUUGUGGGGGGUGGGGGGGGGGGGGGGUUGGUGGGGGGGGGGGGGUGGGGGGGGGGUGGUGGGGGGGGGGGGUGGGGUGUGGGGGGGGGGGGUUGUGGGGGGUGUGGGGGUGGUUGGUGGGUGUGGUGUUGGUGUGUGGUGGGGUUGUUGGGGUGGUGUAUUUGGGUUGGGGGAUGGUUUCUGGGUGUUUUUUGGGGGUUUUGUUGUGGUUUAUUUUGUUUUUUGGGUGGGUGUUUGGGGGUUUGUGUGGUGGGGGGGUUUUGUGUUGUGUGGGUUGGUGUGGUUGGGGUGGGUGAGGGUUUUUGGGGGGGGGUUGGGGGGGUGUGGGUGUGGGGUGGGGGGGUGGGGGGGUGUGGGUGUGUGGGUGGGUGGGGUGUUUGGUGGUUUGGGGGGGUUGGUGGUGGGGGUUGGGGUGGUGGUUGGGUGGGGGGGGGUGGGGGUUGGUGGGGUGGGGGGGGGUGGGGGGGGUGUUGGGGGGGUUUGUGGGUGGGGUGGGAUGGGGGGGGUGGGGGGGGGAGGGGGGGGGGGUGGGGUGGGUUUUGGUGGUUGGGUGUGUGGGGGUGUUGGGGUUUUGUGUUGUUUGUGUGGGUUGUGUGGGGGGGGGUUGUUGGGGGGUGUGGUUGUGGGGUUGUUUGGGUGGUUGUGUGGUGGGGGGUGGGGGGGGUGUGGUGUGGGGUGUGUGGGGGGUGGUGGGGGGUGGGGGGGGUGUUGUGUUUGUGGGUGGUGGUGUGGUGGGGGGGUUUGGUGGGGUGUUUUUGUGGGGUGUUUUGUGUUGUUUUGUGUGGGUGUUGUGGGGUUUGGUGUGGGGGGGGGGGGGGGUGGGGGUGGGGGUUUGGGGUGUGGUUGGUGGGGGUGGGGGGGUUUUGGGGGGGGGGUGUUGUGUGUGGUGUUGGUUGGGGGGGGGGGGGGGGUGGGGGGGGGGGGGUUGUGUGGGGGGGGUGGGUGUGGGGGGGGGGGGGGGGGGGGGUGGGUGGUGGUGUUGUGGUGUUUGUGUGGGGUGGGUGGGGGUGUGGGGGUGUUGGGUGUGGGGGGGGGGGGGGUGUUGUGGGGGGGGGUUGGUGUGGUUUGUUGGGGUGUGGGGGUUGUGUGUGUGGUGGGGUUGGUGGGUGGGGGGGGGGGGUGGGUGGGGUGUUGGUGGGUGGGGGUGGGGGGGGGGGGGGGUUGGUGGUGGGGGGUUGGGGGGGGUGUGGGGGUGGUUUGGGGUUGUGUUGUUUGGGUUUGGGGGUUGUGGGGGGGGGGUGGGGGGGUGGGGGGGGGGGGUGUUUUGGGGGGGUUGGGUGGGGGGGGGGGUGGUUUUGUGGGUUGGGGGGGGGGUGGGGGGGGGUGGGGGGUGGGUGGUGUGUUGGUUUUGUGGGGGGUGGGGUUGGUGGUUGGGGUGUGGGGGGGUUUGGUUUGUUUUGGAGUUGGGGGGUGGGGGGGGGUGGGGGUGGGGAUUGUAGUGGUGGUGUGUUUUGUUGGUGGGUUGGGUUGGGUGGUGGGGGGGGUUUUGGGGGGGUGGAGGGGGAGUUGGUAUGGGUUUGGGGGGUUGGGGUAUGUGAUUUAUUGUGGGAAAAUUGUGGGAAAAUGUAAGAUUGGGGGGAGGGGGGAGGGGUUGUGGUUGGGUGGGGAGGGGAAGAGGGGGGUUAUAUGA